CCGCUGUCCAUCGCAAAGAAUGGGAUGAUGGAUGGGAUGAAGAACAAGACCACCAAAAUAGGCAAUCAAGCCUGGAGAAGAAAGCCUCGCAAAUUCGCUCCAAAGUCAAGACUCGGCUGUAAGACUUGCAAAAUCAGACGAGUUAAAUGCGAUCUAUCCCAGCCUUCAUGCUUGAAAUGCCUUUCUACCGGUCGCACCUGUGAUGGCUAUAGUGAAAUGGUCCUCGCAUUCAAGACCGGGAAGACCGAGGUUGGAUCAACUCAUUAUCACAAGGAGAUCGCCAACAGUGUAGAUAACUGCGAUGGGUACCACCCCUAUACCACGAUCAGUGCGUACGAGACUCAGCAAUGGCACUCGAAGGACAAUGACCUCGUUUUGCCGAAUCUCGGAUCCUUUAUGAUCUUACCAGUGACUGGGUCAGUCCAGGCAGAGGCAAUGUACUUUUUUGAGGAUAUUUCGAUCAAGCAUUUGAAUGCAUACCGUCCUUGCGAAUCAUGGCGGAACACUCUCAUGUUCUUCUCCCAAACCGUGCCAUCAGUGCGGCAUGCUGCCAUUGCUCUGGCCUUGCUUCACCGAAACCACGUGGAUCGUCAAUCUAACGGUCGGGUGUAUCAACCGCCUUCCUUGAAAGACCGACUACAGGAUAAGGCUGCUUUGCUUCACUACAACAGCGCCAUUCAACACCUGCUGCACCCGGAAAGUGGCAACAGCGCCGAAAUAACAGCUGUCACGCUUUUGGUCUGUUAUCUCUUUACCUGCUUUGAUCAUCUGGCAGGCGACGACGUACAAGCUGUGAAACACCUGCGCGGAGGCGUGGAGCUCUCACGCAACACCAACAAUGCUAUGUUGAACACCUGCACCUACGACGAUGCCCAAUCGGGGGUUCACGCGGUUAUCUGCCAGGUCACAAAGCAGAUUCGCCGUCUUGACAUGCAGGCAGCCAUUUUUCUGGUCGACUGGACUCCAGUCAACAUUCAAGAGACAUUCGCGUCCCAUCUUACACCGUUCCACACUACCUUUUCCUCACUCGACCAAGCUGCCGACCACCUCCAGGUUCUCGUUGCCCAAGUAAUGAGGCUGCGCAACACAGAGCAACAAAUGUCUCCGACGGGUACAAUGCCGCCGUUACCAUCUUCACUCAAGGACAUCGUUCUCGGACAGUUGCAAACAUGGUUGAGUCGCUUCGAAAACCUCCGGCAGCAAUCUCCGUCAGACUUUGAAACCAACCCUCUCGUAUCCCUCCUGCGCUUACAGCAUACAAUCGCAUGGAUUCUCCUCAGUGGCCACGGACCCGGCAGAGAAAUGGAGUACGACAAAUUCCUGCCCCAGUUCCAGCAAUGUGUCUCACUAGCAGACAAGGUAGCGGCAGCGCAUCAGCGGUAUUCGGGGUCGUCAAUAUCAACAUUUACGCCAGAGAUCGGAUUCAUCCCUGUUCUUUACAUAAUUGGCGCCAAGUGCCGACAUCCUCAUGUCCGUCGUGAAGUCUUGCGUAUUCUGCGACGCCAACUGAUACGCGAGGCGGCGUGGGAUAGCAUCUCUACUGCUGGGCUGGUUGAACGGGUUAUCGAAAUCGAAGAGGGUGUUGGGGUACAGUGCAUGGAACAAAUCCCGGUAUGGCAGAGGAUCGAGGCACUGUCGUUUAAACAUAUCCCAAGGGGACAGUCUGCGGCCAGGUUGGAUAUAACGUAUACAUUCUGCGGGCAGGAGGGAAUACACACUGACUCUCUCAUGAUAUAACGGACGGAAGGUUCUGUCGUGCCAAAUAAUCGAUAGACAGCAG